GCCCCCAGCGACCCCGGGCCCCAGGAGCGCAUCGCCGCCCGCCGCCGCCGCAUGUCUGCCCGCCUUGAUGCCAAGCGCCGGUGAGAAACGGGGUUCGUGUUUUCUCCGCACCGCCUACACCCGCAUCGGCCCCGCCUAAAUCAGAGCCGGGCUCAGGCCGCUCCCUGCCCCACGCCGGCACCAGGUCCCGCUCCUUCUCCCCAGACUCUGUCUGGUCGCAGGGCGGCCCUUGGAGAAGAUGCGGAGCCCAAGGCGGUUGAGGAGGAAGAGCAGAGAAGGAGCCAUAAGGAGAUAGAGGAGAGCGGGCAGAGGCUGGCCAAGCUGCUCUUUGAAGGCACGCAGAUGGUGACAAACAUCCAGGUGGCUGCUGACCUGCGGGAAACGCAGAGGAGAGCAGAGGAGGCAGAGCUGAAGCUGCGGAGGCUGGAGAGGCUGGAGAAGGAAGCCAAGUCUGGCACGGCCAGGUUUGCGGAGAUCACCUCCAGGUGGGCCCUGGCCACGGAGCGGACGAUCCCGCAGGAGCUGUGGCAGCUGCUGGACUGGCAGCAGCAGCGAUGCACGCGGCUUCUGGAGCAGAAGAACCAGCUCAUCAGUGACCUGCAGCAGGAGCUGAAAAACAAAGACGAGCAGUAUGUCCAGGCCAUUAAGCAGCAGUCGGAUGAUAUCAACCUGCUUUUGGAAAGAAUGGAGGAGCAGAUCAGGACCAUGCUGAAAACUUACCGACACAAACUCCUGCAGAUUGAGAAAGCUUUUGAGCUCGAACGGCGAGAGCUGCUGGACAGCAACAAGAAGAAGUGGGAGGAAGCCAUCCAGGCCCACAACACACAGGAGCUGGAAUACAUCCAUACCCGCCUGAGGAAGGUGGAAGAGUUUGAGAAACAGCUGAAGCAGCUGCUGCUGCAGGAUGAGGAGGAGUAUAACAGCAUGAAGAUCCAGCUGGAGAUUGAAGUGCAGAACCUGGAGAAGCAGCUCCAACAGAUGAAAGCCGCCUACCAGCUGACCCAGGAGAAGCUGGACUUCAACCUCCAGGUGCUUAGAAAGCAGGACGAGGAGAACGCCAUCAUCAGAAGCCAGCAGAAGAGGAAGAUCAACCGGCUCUACACCAUCUUCAGUAACCUGCGAACAAAACUGGCCAAACAAGAGCAGCAGUUCCGAGAGGAGGGACAGAGCCUGACCACCCACUGCGAGCGCAUCAUGGCAAAGUGCAAGGUGGUGCAGAGGAAGAUGAGGCACUUUGCUCUCAGCGACAGUGAGAAGUUCACAGAGGUCUGGCUCAUGAAUGAGGAAGAAGCCAAAGGGCUGAUGCGCAAAGCCCUGGAUGCAGAUUUUGUCAUUCACACCCAGCAACUGGGGCUGCACUGGGAAGAGCCUCAUUACUGGUUCCUGAACAACGUCGGCCCCCUCGGGUGUUACAAAGCGAAGAGGAGGGCGACCGAGCUGGCUGCGCAGAUCCUGACAGAGAGCAGCGCUGACAGACAGGAGGAGGAAGAGAGAGAGAAGGAGAUGGAAAAAGUGGGCAGUGAAGGAGGAGGAAAAGAAAACACAAUGAAGGCUGAGGAUAAAGUCGCACCUCUGCGAAAUAUCUGCAAGAAAACUGCCAAGAGGAUCCUGGAGCUCGUGAGCGACGAGUCGGGUUUCCUGCUGGAGGGCAAGCAGCUGAGGCUCCUGCAAGCGCUGGGGAGGGACGACCGCAUCCUCAUGAAGCUCGACUCCAUCUUUGGGGCCCUCGGGAUUGACAGUGAGGAUGACCUGCACCAGCUGUUGGAUUUUUUCCUGCAGUACAAAGCCCGGGAGGUGACUGUCAGGCAGAGCCAGGGCAGCCCGGGAGGAGAUGUCACGGAUCCAGCUGAGGACAGGGAGCACGGUGGAUCCAGCCCCCAGAGGGACGAGCUCAAACCGCCUCAGAGCCCGCCGGCCUCCCUUCCAUCUGCGUCCAUCCGCACCGAUGAUGUCCUAAGGAUCCUGAACGCAUUUAUGCGGGAUUUUAACAAGCCGAGGGAGAAGGACGAAUCCCCGAAGGAUGUGCUACCAGAACGGGACAGCUCCAGGGACGAGGAGUACUGGGCAGCGCUGGCACACGUUAUCCCGCAGCCCGUGUUGAAGCUGUGGGAUGCGCUGGCGGCCGCACUGGAGGAAUAUUACAAUGUCCUGACGUCCCGGGCCACCCUCCUGGCCGAAACAUCCGUCCUGCAGCAGCAGAACUCGGAGCUGUGCGUGCUGCUGGAGGAGUACGUCAGCUCCAGGGUGAACAGCGAGCUGCUCUGCCCCCCCACAAAGUGGAUGGACUUGAGCUUGGCCUGUCCCAGGGAAGCGCAGCGAGCACCCAAGGCCAAGGCAGAGAUGUUGUAGGCCCUGAGCUGUGUCUGGAGCCGGGGCUAAUAAACCUUUUCUAAAUCUGA